AUGGCAGGGUCGACAGGCAGCAACUCGGACCUCACCUCCACCUCCCACACCCUCACCAAUCUUCCCGUCAUGUCGCAAAACGGUGUAGCCGCCCUCGGGCCCAGCUCGGCCAUCGCGCUCUUCCUCGACUCGACUGCCCCGGCAAACCGCCAUGUUUUCCUGCAGCCCCCACCUCUGCUCCCAAACGGCUCGCUGCAAUUGGCAAAAGAGACGCUCGACUCUCUGGCUGGCCCGGUCAGCGAUCAACAGCAGCAGAGGCUCCGCGAGGCUGGCAAGAAGCGCAAGAGAGACGGCAGCUACGGUCAGAGCGCCAUUCUAAAAAUCAGAAAACUGCACAUCGACGGCUUCGAAACAGAUCAAGUAUGGCAGCAGGCAAAGAAGAUCAUCAGCAGCGCGCUUCAGGAGUCGACAUCGGUCCUGGAAGAACUCGAGGAGAACAACGAAAUCGAGCAAGAAGGCGCUGGGACCAAGGCUCUGGAUUUCGGCAAGGAUGGGUUUGAAGUUGGAUCGGACGAUGAGGAUGACGCGAGCGCAUCUUCCGAUGUUGACGAGGGCAGUGAGGCCGAUACUGAGGACUCUGACGAGGAGACAUCCAGUAUCGGCGAAGAAGGCGAGAGCAUGUUCGAUUUGGAAGCCGAGGAUGACGACGAAGAUGAAGACGAUGACGAAGAUGAGGAGGACGAGGAGAUGGGUGAAGAAGAGGAAGGGGCCGAGGUGGAAGAGGACGGAGAAGAUGAUGGGGAUGAAGAAGACUCUGAAGCUGAAGCCGCCGACUUCGUUGAAGACCCCAACGGACUCAACGACGGCUUCUUCUCAAUAGACGAGUUCAACAAGCAAACCCAAUGGUUCGAGGAUCAGGAUGCUCGCGCAGAUCCAAAUACAGAUUACGCCAGCGACGAGGAGGCUGUCGAUUGGCACGGAGACCCGUUCGCAGUCAACAAAUUUGGCAAGAAGGGAGCCAAGGAUGAGGAUUCGGACACGGACAUGGAUGACAUGGAUAUGGAUGAUGACGAGGACGACGAGGGACCAGCAUUGAGCAAGAAGGAGCUCGCAGAUUUGGCCAAGUUCAGCGACAGCGAGGAUGACGAGGGUGAUGAUGACCAGCCUGCCGGUGCUGACGAUAUGGACAUGGACCUUACCGCCAACGAUAUCUACUACAAGGACUUCUUCGCGCCACCAGCAAAGAAGAAGACGGGCAAUCAGAGAAAACCAUACAUGCCCAAGAAGCCGUUCCAGCCGACCGAGGAGGAUAUGGAAAGAGCCGAGAACGAUGUCAAGCGUGAUCUCUUUGAUGAUCUAUCCGAGUUUUCCGCCGAGGAAGACGCUCUGUCUGAUGCCUCGGCCGGAAAUCCCAAAUCCCGUCGCUCCGCCCACGAGCGCAGACGGGCCAAGAUUGCGGAUGAAAUUCGCAAACUCGAAUCUGAAUUGGUGGCCAAGCGGGCUUGGACCUUAUCCGGUGAGGCCACUGCGCAGGCUCGUCCCAUUAACUCGCUACUCGAGGAGGAUCUUGACUUUGAGCAUGCCGGUAAGCCGGUACCAGUCAUGACGGAGGACGUCUCCGAGUCUAUCGAGGAACUCAUCAAGCGACGCAUUCUCGCAAACGAAUUCGACGAAGUUCUUCGCCGCCGUCCCGAUGACUUUGGCAACCCGAACUCGGCCCGCCGCGGCCUGGUGGAUAUCGAGGACACCAAGGGCAAGCAAAGUUUGGCCGAGAUAUACGAGGAGCAGCACAUUAAGGAGUCCAACCCUGACGUCUACGUCAGCGCGGCUGACGACAAGACGCGGAAGGACGAGGAGGAGAUCAAGCAGAUGUGGAAGGACGUCAGCGCCCGGCUUGACGCUCUCAGCAGCUGGCACUACAAGCCCAAGCCUGUGGCUCCCACUCUUACCGUCGUGGCCGAUGUCGCUACGGUGGCCAUGGAGGAUGCUCAACCCACCACUGCCCAGGGUGUUGCCGGCGGCGAGAGCAUGAUUGCGCCCCAGGAGGUCUACGCGCCAGGCAAGGAUUCGGCUGAGAAGGGCGAGGUUGUGGCCAAGAGCGGCUUGCCAGUGGCCAAGCAGGAAAUGAGCCGCGAGGAGAAGGCCAGGAGACGUAGACGUGAGAAGGAGCGCAUCCGCAAGGCCGGUGGCCUUGAUGCCAACAAGCCUGUCAACAAGAAAGCCGAGGCCCAACGGGAGACAAUGAACGAUCUCAAGAAGGGCGGUGUCAAGGUGAUCAAUAGAAAGGGUGAGGUUGUUGGGUUGGAUGGGAAGAAGAUUGUGGAGCACAAGGGACCUCAUACCAGCGGUGCCUUCAAGUUGUGA